CGACAGACCGUAUUCUAUCCCGCCAAUAUGGCGUCCCCCAUUUAGGAGGCGGCCGUGGUUUCUACCCAGAUGGCCGGGGGCAGUACUGAGCUCGGGCAGUUGUUUGUGUAGCCCGAAGCGCAGAAAGCUGCAGUUAAAGUGCAUUUCUGGUCACGGUUCCAGGAACUCAUCCUUCUCUGAGGGUCAGGAGUUGCCGCUUCCUUCUAGUUCCUCCUCUGCCCCUGGUUUGUUCCCCGCGCCACCUCCGGACACCCCCAAGUCCCUGACACUCCCAGACUCAAACUAUGAGCCUUCGGCAGCUGCUCUUGCGCUUGCCCCGUUAUCUCGGGGUGUCGGGUUCCCCGCGUCGCUUGUCCCCGUCCCUCGAUACCAUCUCCUCGGUGGGCUCUUGGCGUGGUCAGUCCUCAAGGUCCCCGGCCCACUGGAACCAAGUGGUGUCAGAGGCGGAGAAGAUCGUGGGCUAUCCCACGUCUUUCAUGAGCCUCCGCUGUCUGCUGAGCGACGAACUCAGCAACAUCGCUAUGCAGGUGCGGAAACUGGUGGGGACUCAGCACCCUCUGCUUACCACGGCCAGGGGGCUUGUAUAUGAUAGCCGGCAUAACCUCCAGUUGAGGGGCUUGGUGGUGCUACUUAUUUCUAAAGCAGCUGGGCCCAGCAGCAUGAAUACUUCAUGUCAGAAGUAUGACAUGGUCAGUGGGAUCUAUUCAUGUCAAAGAAGUUUGGCAGAGAUCACAGAACUUAUCCAUACUGCUCUCCUCGUACAUCGUGGGAUAGUAAAUUUAAAUGAAUUGCAGUCUUCUGAUGGACCACUGAAAGACAUGCAAUUUGGAAAUAAAAUAGCUAUCCUGAGUGGAGACUUUCUUCUAGCAAAUGCGUGCAACGGACUAGCUCUGCUACAGAACACCAAGGUUGUGGAACUUCUAGCAAGUGCUCUUAUGGACUUGGUACAAGGAGUAUACCAUGAAAAUUCUACUUCAGCAAAGGAAAAUCAUAUCACAGAAGACAUUGGAAUAUCGGCUUGGAAGAAGCAGACUUUUCUCUCCCAUGGAGCCUUAUUAGCAAAGAGCUGCCAAGCUGCCAUGGAGUUAGCAAAGCAUGACGCUGACGUUCAGGAUAUGGCAUUUCAGUAUGGGAAGCACAUGGCCAUGAGUCAUAAGAUAAAUUCUGAUCUGCAGCCUUUUAUUAAAGAAAAGACCAGUGACUCCAUGGCUUUUAAUCUAAACUCAGCUCCUGUAGUCUUACAUCAGGAGUUUCUUGGAAGAGAAUUGUGGAUUCAGCAGAUCGGAGAGGCUCAAGAGAAAGGAAGAUUAGACUAUGCUAAGUUGCGAGAAACAAUCAAAGCUGGCAAAGGUGUGACUUCAGCUAUUGACCUGUGUCGUUACCAUGGAAACAAGGCACUGGAGGCCCUACAGAGCUUUCCUCCCUCAGAGGCCAGAUCUGCUUUAGAAAACAUUGUGUUUGCUGUGACCAGAUUUUCAUGACACCAAAUUAAAAAGACACUAUUGUUCGUUCACUGAAAAAAAACAAAAAAACUGGAGAAUGAAGAAUGAGAUGAUGAGGAGAGCUUUCGUGAUAAAAUAUCCAAAUGUGGUAAUGACUUUAAAAACAUAAUCCGUUUUUUUUCCUUCCUUUUAUCACAUUGCUAAAUGAAUCCUGCCUUCUUUUUGGAACUGCUACGAACAAAAUUAGAAGAAAAAAAGGUCAAGCAGUUUUCACUGUCACGCCAGCAGCACACUUGAGGCUGCAAUAGCAGAAAUAAUUAAUGAGAUUCGCUCCUGUGACCUCAGCAAAUGGACAGGAAAUAAGUCCUUAUUGAUUGGACCGAGCCAGGGAUGGCGCCAGGGCGGUGGCCUGUGGUUUUCCUUCUAGAGAGGGCAGAGCAAGCUGGAAGCUGCAGGUGUCAGGAGAAACACGGUCGGUGCCAGCCAGGGAGCACUGUCCAAUCAAAAACUAGUGACCAAUUUGUCAUCGCGGAGAGUAGUUUUGAUGAUUAAGAAAAAAAUGUGCUUUGUGUCCUUGCAAUUACAUCUUGGUGUCUGUCGGUACAGUAUGAAUAUACUUCGCGCUUCAUCGUUUUUGUAAGAUUUAUUUUUUUUUUAGGAAAAAUUGCUGAAAAAAUAAUGCUAAAUAUUUGAAGUAGGAGAUUAAAAUUUUAUCAGAUGUUAACUUGGUUGUAGUAGGAACGGCUUGUUUUUCUUUCGAGAAGACCAAAUAUUUUUUUAAACACCUUUCAAAGAACCAAACUCUUUUUUUUUUAAGCCAAACAGGAUGCUUUCUUUCAAGGAGAAUGUAUUCAUUUGUCAUGUUUUGGUGUAAAGAAUCCUUUAACUUUUACGAGUGUCACAUACAUAACUGUUGUUCUGGGGAAUAAACUGGUGAUUUUUUUUUUUAAUUCAGAAUGUCAAAAUUUGGUCUUGAACCACAGACAUCCAGUUACAGAAAGAAUACAAGCAAUCUCACAGGCCUGCAAUCAGACACUGUCUCUGUGUGGUUCAUAGGAGAUGAUUUUUGUGGUUUGCAUGCAUGCAACAUGAGAAGACCGUUGACAAGAAGGCUGAGUUUACGUAAAUGAUCUAGAUUGAGACUCAGCUACCUUUCUUCCUUCUGUGGUGUAAUUACAGCCCUAUCUGGAGACAGUGAACACAGCAAACAGAUUUUAUUACCUCGUUUACUCAAACACUAAGUGAUGUUAUUUUAGUUAAAUUCCUUCCCCCAAAAGUUACGAAACCAUUUCAUCAGGACCCAGCAUGUGGCAUGCAAUGAAGAGAAAAUGUGAGCUGCACAGGUUAAGGUAUUGUAUUAUGAAAUAUUUUAAUUUAUUUAAAAUAUUAUAAUUAUACAGUUUAUGCUACUACAAUUUGAAGGCCUAUAGAUUUAGCUUAAGAGAACAUUUUUCUGGUUGAAAUGGUCUUUUCUCAAAGAAAUUGGCUUAAUUAGUAACUCUGGUUAGAUGCUUGAGAUCAGACUAGGUUUUAAUCAUUAACUUCCACGAAGGAGGAGUUGUGCUUUGUGUUCUCUAGAUGGGUGGGAACUUACCCAGAGCUGUAGGUUUUCUGAAGCAGAUAGUCGGGUGUACAAGCAGGAUCCCCGGGCUUGUAAUUCUGCUUUAGCAGCUGGUUGGCUGUGUGACCUUGAGCAAGUCACUUCCCUCUGAGCCUCCACUUCUUCAUCUGUUAAAUAAAUGAGAGAAUGUAUGAAGUCCCUUCCGGCUUUGUUUUAUUUUCUC